AUGAAGCCGUACCUCUGUUGUGUCUUUGUCUUCUGCUUCCUAACCAGACUUUUAACAGGAGAAAUCAAUGGCUCGGCCAAUCAUCGGAUGUUCUCAUUUCACAAUGGAGAUGUACAGAUUUCUUGUAAAUACCCUGAGAAUGUCCAGCAGUUACAAAUGCGAUUGUUCAGAGAGAGAGAAGUCCUCUGUGACCUCACCAAGACCAAGGGAAGCGGAAAUGUGGAGUCCAUCAAGAAUCCGAUGUUCUGUUCAUAUCAGCUGUUCAACAACAGUGUCUCUUUUUUCCUAAACAACCCAGACAGCUCCCAGGGAAGCUAUUACUUCUGCAGACUGUCCAUUUUUGACCCACCUCCUUUUCUAGAAAAGAACCUUAGUGGAGGAUAUUUGUAUAUUUAUGAAUCCCAGCUCUGCUGCCAGCUGAAGCUCUGGCUACCCAUAGGGUGUGCAGCUUUCGUUGUGGUUCUCCUUUUUGGAUGCAUACUUACCAUCUGGUUUACAAAAAAGAAGCACGGAUCCAGUGUGCAUGACCCUAGUAGUGAAUACAUGUUCAUGGCGGCAGUCAACACAAACAAAAAGUCUUGACUUGCAGGUGUGACCUCAUAAGCUGGAACACGGGAACCCAAGGAGGAACCGCACAGACUAGAUCCCCUGAAACUUGAA